AUGUCCGCCCACUGUGUUGAUCUCGAUCAUCCGCCCUGGUUCCCCACGGCCCUUGCCGCGCUCCUCGUCCUUGGCAUCCUCGCCUCGUACCUUCCCCAACAUCACAAAAUCCUCUCGCGCCGCACCUCGGAAGGCCUCUCUCCUUGGUGGGUCCUCCUCGGUGGCCUCUCCUCAAUCUUCGCUCUAGCCAACAUCCUCACCCUCCCGACUUCCCGCGCCGACAUCUCUUGUUGCACUACAAUCUCCGGCGGAGCUUGCGCGGCAGCGUUACUGGGAGUGGCACAGAUUGGAGUACAAUGGAGCUGUUUUAUGGUCAUUGUGGUGUUGUAUCURGUCUUCUUCCCCAGAGAUGAAGGCGAAGCGGAGGAUUUGACGAGUUCGACAGCGACGCUUACGGAGGGGGGGAAGAGAGGGGAGGGCAAGGAUCAGUUGAUUGUGGGUGGGAGUAUCUUCAUCGCCGUGUUGAUCGUUGCAUUGGUCUCUGUGGUGCUGGUCGUGGCCUUUCCGGAGAGGACGCAGACGUGGGCGGAUCUGCUGGGGUCGGUGUCGGGGGUGUUGGCGGCCAUUCAAUAUCUCCCGCAGAUCUACUACACGUGGGUGUUGAAGGAUCUUAAGAGUUUGAGUCUGCUCACGUUGGUGGUGCAAGUCCCGGGAGCUUUCGUUUUCGCCUUCUCGCUCUGGUUGCGGGUGGGUUGGGAAGGGUGGAGUACGUGGUUGGUGUACAUCGUCACGGGGGUGUUGCAGGCCGUCUUACUGGGCAUGGCGUUGAACUAUUUUUCUCUUGAGAGAUUGAGGAGGAGUGAGAGGGACGAGCACAGUUCAGACGAGUAUGAUGAGGAUGAUGAGGAGGACGAUGGAGAUCAACACAACGGACACGCGAGAUCUGCUACGGAAAGGACCGCGCUGCUCCAUACCGAUGCCGAUGACAGCACCGAGUGGACGAAUCAGAAUGGGACGAUGAAGCGAUGGCAUGUGCCGAGCGACUAG